AUGGCCAAAGGACUCGUCAAGAAAUUGAGCAAAUCUAGCACAGAUGUACACAAGUCAUUCAACCACUCCAUAUGGAUAGGUUCUCCGGUUGACAAGGAAAGGAAAGAUCAGGAAACAUUAAAAGCCAAAGAAUCCCCAGCAAAGGAACCUGAGUGGCCCAGCCUCUCCGAAAGAGAUAAACAGAUUGCCAAGGAGGCACCAUCGUACAGUGAAUUUAGAAGAUUGGAGUCUCUCCUCAGCAUGCACAACAAGAAGUUGACGAGAAAAGCAGAAGUUGAGAAGUACAGACCCCAGGGGCGAUGGGCGUUUGACUGUGAACAGAACCUGCAGUUUCACCAGUUUCAUGAAGCCCAGGUGAAAGCCUUGAGCAAGAAGCCUAAUAAGCUGAACACCAGAUUUUCACAUGGAAAAGCAAUAAGCUUUUGUAAAAAAAGAGUGACAACUCCUACAGGCUGGAUGAGCAGCAUAGUAGCAUGA